AUGUCUCCUGCAUUAGGGAACGAUACCAACUGCGGCGUGGCAGGACUAGCCUUGGCCGUUCAGUAUACGACCAAGGCAUGGAUUCGAUGGAUGCUGCCUCGGGUUAGUUCCCCCAGAAGAAUAUGGGGCUUGGAGGAUAUUCUGUACGCCGCUGGGUAUGCGUUUGAUAUCGCGCAUAUGGUCCUGAUUCAGCGCAGGUUGGUGUUCAAACUAGAAACGUCACCGGAUCCUUCUGACGCAUUGACAAGCUUUGAAAACGGUCUCGGGAGGCACAUGUGGUUUUUGUCAGAUGCCGAAAGAACUCUGGCGUUGAAGAACGAGUUUAUUUCCCAGCCUCUAGGUGAGUGGACUUUCACAUCAGGUGAUGUAGCAACUCACGGCUGUCUUCUAGCUGUUACUGCCUCCAUGCUGAGCCGCUCCGGCAUGAUGUGUUUCCUCUACACGUGCUUUAGUAGCAUUGAUAAGCAGAUCCGCCUAUCCAUUAUCGUAUGCAUGGCAAUACAGGUCGUGGUGAACUCGGUGACUAUCAUUCAGAUUGUUGUGCAGUGCGGCCCCCAUCCCUACCAUGCCGUACGUGACGCCCUCUCCUCGUUCCUGGCAAUUGCUGACCGCAGAUGGCUCCGUGGCUUCAACACGACUAUCGAUUUCUUUUUGACGGCACUCUCAGCUGUCCAACUCUGGCGUUAUACAUUAAGGGCCACAGACGCGGCGCCAGCAAAGCACAAGCUGCCAUUCAGUCGGAUUCGGCGAAUGCCACGACAGGCCCUCUUUCGUCGGAUCUGGCAGACUAUUAGCCUCAGUGGGCCGUUGUUGAUAUCGGGAAUUGCCUCUAUUGUGAAGACAUAUAUAACACUGUCCCCUUUAUCCUGUGGGUCAAAGAACUACAGCAUCCUCCUCGCAUCACUGGCACCGAUGAUCCGUCUCUUCGUGUCAAUGGUGUCAACAGACAAAGGACAAUGUGGCCCAUACUGGUCCAACAGUCGGUCCAAGAAUAGCCACCCCGGCCUGGAACUGAAUUCUCAACCACAUACGCAAGAAAGGAGAGCGGUCCUCAUGGCCGUCUUCGCGGACGAGAAGAUCGUCCAGUAUACGGGUGAGGAGUGGCAAAGAGCCGGCAGUAGAACCCACCAUGGACGUCGCAACAGUGACGUGCAGGAUGGCUCUAAUAAAGUGACUGUUCGAACGGAUAUUGUCGUCCGAGUGUCUUCGGAUGAAGCUUCGACAGAGAGACUUGUCGUAUGA